GAUGGCCGCGGAGAAAGACACCGAUGUAAAUAAACGAGACAGAAGGGGCACAGUGUGCAAUGUUGUGAUCAGUCAGGAUGCAGAAUCAGGCAGCAGUGGUGAUGGCCGGCUGCCCAUCAUCUUCAAUCCAGACUUCUUUGUGGAGAAACUGCGUCAUGAAUGUCCUGAAGCCUUCACUGAGCUGGUGCUGAGUAACAUCACACGGCUCAUUGACCUCCCUGGUGCUGAAUUCUCCCAGUUACUGGAGGACGAGGAACCCAAGACUCCCAACGGCACCAUGGCAGGAGGAUUUUUCCGCUCCUUCAACUUCCUCAAACGCAAAGAUAAAGGUGUUGUGUUUGGUAUGCCCCUAACAGAGGAAGGAAUAGCCCACAUAUAUCAACUAAUCAUUUACCUCAGCAAAAAUCUGCAUGUGGAGGGUCUUUUCCGGGUUCCUGGGAACAGUCUGAGGCAGCAAACACUGAGAGAGCAGCUCAACACUGGAGCUGAUAUUGACUUUGGCUGCGGUGACUUCCAUCCCAACGAUGUUGCCACCCUCCUUAAAAGCUUUCUGGGAGAGCUGCCUGAGCCCCUUCUGACGCACAGGCACUUACACGCACACCUGAAAAUUACAGAACUGACCAUGUUUGAUGACCGAGGUAAUAAGACGAGUUUGCCCGAUAAAGAGCGUCAAAUAGAGGCUUUACAGCUGCUGCUGAUGCUGCUGCCCACCGCUAACCGCACACUGCUUAAACUACUGCUGGAUCUGCUCUAUCACACCGCCAAACAACAGGACAAGAACAAGAUGUCUGCGUACAACCUCGCACUCAUGUUUGCACCUCACGUCAUCUGGCCCAAGAACAUGAAUGCCAGUGACCUUCAGGAUAACCUGAAGAAGCUGAACAGUGGAAUGGCAUUUCUCAUCAAACAUUCACAGAAGAUAUUUCGGGCGCCGACCUAUCUGAGAGAGCAUGCAAGACUUCAGUUCGCAAAUACCAAAAUCAUUCACUCCAAGGAUGAUCUUGAGCUUUUAUCAGUCAGUGGUUCUCCUUUCAUGUCAGCAUGUAAGAGGACUGGAGCACGAGUGGGUUUAGACUCUGAUAAUCACACAGAAGAAGCACUCAAAGAGCUCUAUCGACACGUCAGUGAUAAAAUGCCAAACUCAGCCAAGAAGAAAAAGCUCAUCAGACAGCUUGGCAAGCAGUCUACCCCAGGGACCCCUGUCAAUGAGAAUACGACUCCUACUAGUAAAAAACACGCCCGCUCUCGCUCCUUUGGUGGUCUUAUCAAGAGGAAGGUUUUGGGGAACCAGACAACAGCAGACAGAAGAGGUCGAAACGUGUCUCCACAGACUGUUAAUGCAGAUCCAGGGAAGGAGAACAUCAACUGUGAGCCAGUGAGCUGAAGCCCCGUCCCCAGCUGAUGAUGUCAACAGUACUGUAUUCAGUAUGCCCCGUCAUCAUCUUCAGUGUGAAAUGUGCCUACAUAGAAGACUUCAAUCUAGACAACUGGAGCCAUUAGAGUUUAUAUUUUAAUUAUUUUAUUUAUUUUUUUAUUCUGUAUUUUAACCUACUGAAAAUUGAGUGUGAUUAUUCCAAAUGUUUUUUCAUAGUGUGAAACUGUUACAUUAGGUGUACGUGGGCAAACCACUACUCCGUUACACUGGGCAUUUUAAACUGACCUGUGAUAACACUUGCUAAUGAACUUUCUCAUAUUUGCAGUGUGUAUAUAAAGUAUAAAUUAUGAACAUUUACCAAAAAAUAUUUUAGGUGUCUUAGUGCCUUCCUGAAGCUAUGUCCUUCAAGAAUAUUUUUUUUCCCUAAGUUUAGUUUUCCUAAAAAAGAAUGUUUCUUGCUAGAUAAAAAUGUGUUUGUGGUACCAACCAUGGCCACCAGAUGCCACUAUCAGCAUGAAAUCUUAUGCUUAAACAGUGACAGUAUGGCUGCAUUACUUUAUCGAUGUAUAGUUAUUAAAUAAAAUUAACAAGAAUGUUUUAAGAAUCAUAAUAAGAAAAUGUAUAUAUAACGUUAGACCAUUUUCUAAUUCAUGAAACCCCACAUUUAAAUGAAUGCCUCAGGUUACAUACGUUUCAUAUGGAAUUUAGAGAGAACAAAAAUUGAUGAAGAAAAGCCUUUGCAUUUACAUGAAAAAAUAAAUAAUUAGCUAAAUAAGAAAUCUUAGGACAUACAGUUGGCUCAGGAAAGCACUAAGACUCCUAAAAGUAUUUUCACCUGUUUACACCCCCCCCCCUCCCCCAUCUUGCGGUUCAGGGCUUCCAUAGGAAAUGUGUAGCACGUUAUAUAUAACUUGCAUUAAUCACUCAGUUUAUGCUAUAAUCAGAUAGUAAGGCAAAGGGAGAGGCAGCUAACACUAUAAAGUGUAACAGCUGUACAUUUAGUCGCUAAAAUGUAUUACUAAGAAUACAAGUUGUCCUUGUUUGUUUACUUAUAGAUAUUUGCCUUAACUGUGAGCAUAAAGAGCAUGUGAAUAGUAGUAACUCACUCAAAAUGUGAUUUUUUUUUUUUAUAUGUGAUAAUGCAUUUAACAGCUGUUUAAAAGCAUUGUGAGGCUCAUUUUGUGAACAGAACAGGAAAAAUGUGAUUUAUUUGAAAUGCUUUUUGGUGCUAUACAACUACAGUUAAUCAAGUUUAUUGUGUAUAAAAAUACCAUCACAGUAUGCAUUAAUUUGAGUUUUUCACAACCAUAUUUUCCAUAUAUUGAGAGAAGAAGCCAUGUUUAUUAAAUGCGGGUGUCUCUCAGGGGACUUUGUGAUGUGUUAAGAAGGUUUGUAUAUGUGACGUGAUGGCAAAGGAUUGGUUUUAUAAUUGUUGAAGGGAUGGUGUUUUGAUAUUUGUCAGGUUUGGGUGAAAUUUCACUGUAUAUUAAACAUACUGAGGAUUAAGAGAAUAUUAUGGUAAGGAUGCAGCAGUUGGAUUAUGUGAUGUGUUCAGAAGAUCGGUGUGAGCGUGCGGGGAUGUUGCAUGUGUUCAUUUGCAGUUGGAUCAGUUGGAAUUAAAGGAUGUUGUGAAGGGAAUUAUUGCUGGUUUUUGGCUUUGAUCCUCAAUGUCUCCUGUGAAGUAUUAUUUCUUAAACUAAAGGGCUUAUUUUUUCUUUCAUUAUCUUAAAGUCUGUUUGUGAUGUGAUGUCAUUUCAUUUCCUUUCAUUAUCAUUCAUAUUGUUAUUUUUAAAUGUGCAUGAUGCGUUUCCUGUAAAGUCUUGCAAAAUUUCUUUGCAAUUUUUACUAGAUAUUUCCAUUUUAAGUGCUCUAAUUUAGACAAAAGAAUAAUAAAUCCGUUUGAUAUGGUUCAAGUAAAUUGGUCCAUUGAAAUGUAUAAAAAGGAACUAUAUAUAUGGAAAUAUGGGGCGAUGCUGCAUCAAGUUUAAUAUGGUUUAACAAUGGUGGAUAUAAAAAUUGACAUUGGUCUAUUUACAAAUGUUUCCUGAUAAUCAGAAAUGCUCUCAUUUUAAAAGUGUAUCAGAAGACUUAAAUUAAUGACAAAUUUCUUCUCUGAAUUUUUGGAUGUUGGGUAGUUGUGCAUUUCUGAUAAGUGUGUUUGUAUGUGUGUAAUAUUUGGGAGAGGGCGUUUGAUGCUCUGAUCUAUUGUACAGAUGGUAUCCUGGAGUUUGGGCAGGUUGGCAUAUGCAGUACUAGUAAAGCUGUGAUGUAAACCAAAUUGCAAAAUGUAUCUACAGUAACUGGCUUUUCAAAUGAAAAUGCCUACAAAUAUUGGGUUCUUCAAUGUUACAGUGUUUAGGAGUGCAGUUAUUUUUAAAUAUAAAUAUGUUUCUUUGUAUUAACUGUGAAAUGUUUUUACAUAUGUCAACUGCUGAUGUGCAAUGGACGCAUCAGUUUGUUUCUUUUUAUUAAAACUUUA